AUGCUUUACCAUUUAUGGGAUCCUAUUUUUUUAAUUCUGGUUGACGCUUACAGUAAGUGGCUAGAAGUUAAAAUUGUUUCAUCCCUGUCCAGCAAAACAACUAUUGAACACCUUCGAGAAAUAUUUUCAAGAUUCGGAUUGCCUUUAGUGGUAGUGAGUGACAGUGGUACAGCGUAUACAUCAAUGGAAUUUAAAAAUUUUAUGGAAACAAAUGGAAUCCAACAUAAGUUUUCAGCACCAGCACACCCAGCUACAAAUGGUCAAGCCGAGAGAUAUGUGCAGACAGUAAAAAAAAAACUUAAAACAAUGACAGAAGCACCAGGUGAUCUUCAUACCAAAGUUUGCUGUUUCUUAAUGCAAUAA